AUGUCGAAAUUCAACCCCUACGACCACCUUAAGAUCGCCCUCAACCCCGACGGCACGCUGACACGCCACCUCAAAAUCCCAAAGAUCGAGGCAAAACCCAACGCCGCUCCCGGCGACCUCGUGGUCACGAAGGACGUCACACUCAACGAGGAAAACGAAACGUGGGUCCGCGUCUUUCUGCCAACAAAACUGCCUUCCAACGCUCGGCUUCCAAUCAUAAUCUACUACCACCACGGCGGCUGGGUUCUCCUAAGCGCCGCAGACGCCAACGUCCACGCAGAUUGCGCGAGAAUGGCGAUCAAAAUCCCGGCCGUCGUCGUGUCCGUGAACUACCGGCUGGCGCCGGAGAGCCGGCUGCCAGCGCAGUACGACGACGCCAUGGACGCCAUCAACUGGGUGAAACAACAGGUAGCGAACCCCAAAGGCGAGCAGUGGAUAAGAGACUGCGGAGACUCGGCGAGGUUAUAUCUGUAUGGUUGCGGAAAUGGCGCAAACAUGGCGUUCUUUGUGUCUUUGAAGGCUUUUGAGUUGCAAAUGGGGCUUGCUGGGAUUAUACUGAACCAACCCAUGUUUGCGGGUGAGCGAAGAACUAAAUCCGAGAUUGAGUUGGCUACGGACGAGAUUUGGCCUUUGCCUGUGUUGGACCUUGCUUGGAAACUCAGUUUGCCAAAAGGGGUCAAUCGGGACCAUCGGUAUUGUAAUCCGAUUAUCGAGGGCCCGCACAUGGCCGAUAUGAUCCGUUGGCUGGGAAGGUGUCUGGUUAUCGGCUUCGGGGAGGACCCCAUGAUCGAUCGGCAGCAGGAGUUCGUGACCAUGUUGGUGAAAUGUGGGGUCCCUGUCGAGGCCUGUUUCGAUGAUGUUGGGUUCCACAAUAUUCAUUUGGUGGACCCUCGGCGGGCUGAAGUAGUUUUAAAUAUAAUGAGAGAAUUUAUGAUUUGA